UUUUUUUUAAAUAAUACGAAUUUUUUAUUUAAUUCUAGGAAUAGCGCGCGAUUUGAAAAAAAUCCGAAACUGUGACCUGGUCGGUCAGCUACUGACCGAUCGGUCAGUAGCCGGCCGAUUGAGAGUCGGCUGCCCUGUACUCUGACAGCCAAAAAGUAAUUGGUCGAUAGCUGACCAAUUGGUCAGCUACAGACCAUUUGGCCAGCUACCGACCGAUCGGCUGGCUGUAGCCCCACCCCCUGCAUGGAUUUAGUUUAGGUUUAUUACUAGGGAUAUCUGCUGGCACUUCUCCCCAUUAUUUUCCCGCCAUAUCUUCUUCCGCUCCCGUUCACACCGCCGUAUUUCCCUCUCACCCUUUGCCGCCACCCUUCCCGCCACUUCUUCCCGCCAACAUCUCCCGCCAAAUUUAUCCCGCCAUUUCUUCCCGCCACCAUCUCCCGCCAAAUUUAUCCCGCCACCAUCUCCCGCUAUAUUUUCCCGCCACGCUCUCGGAUUUUUCCCUAUAAAAGCAGGCAUCGACACUCAUCGCUGCACAAGUGUUUCUAUCUCUCUUUUUUUCGGUUUGCUCACCCUUAGCCAUCAUGAGUGUGCCGUGCUCUGACCAGGAGUUUAGGCCGGUGAAGGCGAAGGCUGCAAGUUUGCCCCUGGGUGUGACUGCGGAGCGGUGUUGGUGCGGCCGUCUUGCUAAGGUUAAGCAGGUGGAGGAUUUCUCCGACUGGUUCGGCAUGAAAUUUUUCAUGUGUGCGAGCUAUGAGCAUGAUCCACCCCGUAGUUCAGCUUCGUCGUCCACCAGGCCGCCGUCUCCCCCGCCCCUAUGCAAAUGGUUUCACUGGAUAGACACGGAGCAGCCGGAUUGGGCGCGUCAGGAGGUUGAGGAGAAACACCGGCGUGCGUGGGCAACGUUCUUUGAGGAGGAGCGUUGGGAAAAGGUUCGUGCUAAUGAAAAAGCAGAGCGAGAGAGGCAGAUACAGAAACUUAGGGCGGAACAAGCUCGUAAUCGCGAGGUGAAUCAGAAGAGGAUGGAUGAUGAGGCUGCACGUAGGUUUGCAGAGGAAGAGGUGCGCAGGGAGGCUCGUGAAGCAGAAAGGAAGAGACUAAGGGAAAGAGCUGCUGAGGCGCAAGCGGCAGAAGAACGCGGCGACAAGUCUGGAAAAUGGCCACGGUGGACGCAGGGAAAGUAGUGUGAUGUGUCGUACUAGCUAUGUAUCUUAAUUUCAGUUUUAGUUUGUCAUUGUAUCUUAAAUUCCGUUGUAGUGAUAAGGCGUAUUUUAAUUACAGCUUCAAUGUAUCUUUAUUUCAGUUUUAAUAUUAAUGUGAAAUGAA